UUGUAAUAGGUUGUCAAAUGUGAUCCGCAAAGAAAUGAUGUUUUUACUUCGUGGGUUUUUUUUAGAAUUUUAAACUAAAGGCACUACAUUAAUAAAAUUAUAUCCUACCUUUAAUUUUAAAUAAAGCUGAAUUUUACAAACACAUUUUUCAAUCCAAGUUAUUCAAUGAGAAAACUGCAUUAUACAUUGGAAAACAAAUUGUAACACAAAAAUAAAUUGGUACUUAAACAUAUACAAUGUUGUUAACACUUGAGAGAGUGCAAAAUAAACAAGUUAAACGAUUUUUGGGUCACAUAGCAUAUUUAACAAUAAUUUUAUUAUUAGUGCCAGGAUUUCUAUUUUUUGAACUUUGUAUUGUCCUGCCGGCAGUAGUUGAAAAAUGGACCAUUGAUUAUAUUAUACAUUACAUAAAUGCCUCAUUUCUCUUAUUAAAUAUUAUUGGGAAUAUGAUUUAUGGCAUGUUCACUGACAGUAGUAUAAAAGGAAGUUAUUUAGAGAACCGACAGAAGGAAAACUGGACAAUGUGUGCAGUAUGUGAAUGUCUCCGACCACCGCGAGCUUGGCACUGCAGCAUCUGUGAUAUUUGUGUUUUAAAAAGAGACCAUCAUUGUACAUUUUUUGCUUGUUGUGUGGGAUACUACAAUCACAGAUAUUUUAUGUAUUUUACAUUGUAUAUAUUCAUUGCUAUGGUAUAUUCGUUUUAUUAUAAUGUUAUUUUUCUAUCACAAUUUAUAACCUGGAAUCAUGGGCUGGUUAUAAUGAAGUUCAUAUUCCCUCUCGCAAGUUUUGUUGUUGAUUAUGGUGAUGAAAGUUUGUACGUAUUUCUUGUUGUAAUCAAUUUAAUUGUGGGUUUAUUUACUGGAUUUCUUUUCCUAUAUCAUUUCAAUAACAUUUUAAAAGGUAAAAUAACUCCAGAAAAAAAAUCUGACAACAUCUCUUACAAUAGAGGAUGGCACCUAAAUAUAAUAGAGGUCUUUGGACAAAGAUGGUAUUUGACAUGGAUUUCUCCGUUUGUUAGUAGUCCUUUGCCAGGCGAUGGUAUAGAAUGGGCCAUUGAGAAUAAGCAGAAAUAAUUUUUGAGGUAUUUGAUUUAUAUUUUUUUAUAUAACAUACUUGAAAAAAUUGCAUUUAUCUUGAAUAAUUUUUUUCUAGUCCAUUACUAGGCACUUGUUCAAUGGUGCUCUUAUUUCAUUAUUAUUAAAACAUGGUGAUAACUAACACAAUUUAUAUUUUUAUAAUAUUUAAUUAUGAAUUUUAAUUUUUUUAUACAAAUCAAAACAUGUUUGAUUAUGCAAUGCCACACAAUGCCUUAUUAACUAAUGAUAAAGCAAUACAAGUGAUAUUUUGAAUAGAAUCAGUAGUUUUAAUGUUAAGUUUGUACUUAUGUUCAUAGAGAUUUACUGUUGUAAUUAACAAAAAUAAUAAUUAAAUAAUAGGUUUGUAAA